AUUUCAUUUAUUUGAAAUGCUGUUUAGUUCAAAAUGUUGUCUUAAUAUGGCAGAUUGAUUUGGAACCAAAGGAGUUCGGAUUAGACAAAGUUUACUGUGUAAUGUGAUGCAGCGUUUUGAUAAUUUAAAAAUGCUAUUUUUUUUUGUCGUUGAUUUAUUAUUGAAGGCACAUUGCUACGGAGUUAAUUCUCCUUGCUCUCAUCAGUUGCUGUCCACGAUGUAUGAAGGAGAACAUGUGACCUGGUUUUCCUUGAUUUCAUUGGACGGUAUAACCCUCUCCAUCAUCAAUGAAGUUUAUGAGGAAGUUGCUCUGGUCAGCUUGACCAGUCUACCGGCCAGCUGGGAAAUUGAGGUCAAAAACAAGUGGAAGAUGUUGGAGGACAUCACCUUGGUAACUUGGCUGGAGGACCAAUGGAAGAACGGUGUGGAUCAGGCCAGCUGGGAUACCAGGAUAGAGGUGGAUUUUAAAAACAUGAGAAUGACAAAACCUUACAUUGGAGACCUGAGAAGAGUUGCCUACCCUGGGCUGUAUUUUCAGCAUAGGAUGUCAGAACACCAGACUCUAUUACAUGCUCGAGUAUACAAAAUACAGAUUGAUAAUCAGUUGUUAGAUGCCUACCACCAGACUGUGUUAAGUUGUGUUCCUACGCCAGCCUACCUCGUCAAGAAAAAAGGACCCAAACCCUGUAUAGAAUUCGGGAUGAUUAGACGAGUUGUACCUGAAAAUAAUGUUGAUACAUUUAGACAGUUUCAGUUGAUCCUUCAGGAGCUAAGAUUGGCCGUAGACUGGGGUUUUAUUGAAUCUAUUCAGGAUACAUUCGCUGAUCUUAUGCCAACUGAAGCUACUGAAAGUGCUAAAUUACAAUCGGACAUUCUGGUUGCUCAGCGCCCUCUACAGGAAGUAGCCGAAGUUAUGGUUGAGAAACGGCCACAUAGAAUUUUCUUUGAGAUGUUCAAGAUUUCUCCAAUCAAGGUCCAUGUGAGUUUCUCUCUGCGGGGAACCCCCCACCUGACUCGGGAUGUCCAGCCAAGUGUAGCGUCUGACAUCAAGGGAUUCCUCCGGAAUUCUAUUGGAGCGACCUUCACUGAGGUCAAAGACAUUGAGCUCAAGCUGGGUUUCUUUGAGCAGCGAGGUGUCCUCCUAUCCUCACUACAGAUGCAGACCCAGGCUCUCUCUCACUACCGCCAGCAGCUGAUGCUGCAGAUCUAUGUGGUUAUUUUUGGUCUAGAUGUUCUAGGAAACCCCUACGGCCUCAUCAAGGACAUCACAGAAGGACUAGGGGAGCUAUUCUAUGAACCUCUGCUGGACACAAUACAAGGAGAGGAUGCCUUCACCAGUAACAUGGUCAGGGGAUUUGAGAAUGCUAUGGGUCAUAUCGUAGGAGGUACAGCUAACUCUGUUGCCAGGAUUACAGGAACUCUGGGGAACACACUGGCUUACUUAUCCAUGGAUGACGAGUUCCAAAAGAGAAGAGUGCGUCGGUUACAGCAGCAGCCCCGGAAUCUCCCACACAGCAUGGCUAUGGCGGGGAAGGGGUUCCUGUCGGGGAUGAAGUUUGGUCUCCUGGGGGUGGUGCUAGAUCCUGUACAUGGUGCCUCUGAGGAGGGUGUUGAGGGGUUCUUUAAGGGGAUCGGUAAGGGGUUACUGGGACUGGUCACUCAGCCCCUGGGGGGUGUGAUGGACAUGGUCAGUCUGGCCUUUGAUGGAGUCCGCAGGUCUGCUGAGAAUGAUGUAGUAGCCAUAAGAAUGAGAUUACCCAGGUUUAUUAACCCUUACCAUGGUUUAGAGCCCUACUCGUGGUACAGGGCCCAGGGUAACUUUAUCCUACACAGACUCCGGGAUGAGCAGCGAUCCUCCGGGAUCUUUGUAGACUUCGCUCCUCUGAGUUAUGAUGACAGAGCAGAUCUCCUCUUUAUCACUGACAGAACAAUUUUGAGCUUGUCAAAGAAUCGGUUUUCCCCUGGGUAUGACGUGAAGUGGGAAGUAGAACGGGAGAGGAUUAUGGGAAUUCCAGAGGUGACAGAAAAUAAAAUAGUCCUUACUCUGAAGGACAAAAAGGGUUCAUUAUUCUCUGGGAGUACAAUAGAGAUCUCUAGUCCUAACCCUGAAAUACUGAGGUGGAUCCAGGAUCGCAUGGAGCGUAUUGUCAGACAACAGAUCUAAGCAGUUGUCAAAAAGUGCUGUGGAUUUAUUUGACAUGAACAAAAGAGAUUGAUGUUUGGCUGUGAUUUUUAGAAAUUGUAUAUUGACUGCAAAUUCCAGUAGCAUAAUAGCUGAGUGUUUGUUGUUUUGACAUCUCAUAUUUCACUUUUUUGCUGUAUGUUGAUGAUGGGUUAGCUAUUCUUGUUGCCAUAAGUACACUGUGUAAUAUAAAUAUUAAAACAUUAUGUUUUAAGGGAAGUCCUUGGUUUAUAAACAGGACAUGCUUAACAUCAUAAAAAUUAUAACAUGUAGUCAAUUUAUUGUGAUAUACACUCAAUGUGCAAUACCUUUUAACAGCAUUUUACAGUUGUUUUUUGUUUACCUUGUAUGUAUGUGUUUAUGACAUUCCAGGAUAACAUGUCCUUUUUGUCUAUUAGAAGUAUUCAUUAAUUGUAUAUUGUGGUACACACCCUCCCAAAUAUAGGACUUUGAGUAGUAAUGAUCACAGGUAGUUUAAAUUCAUUUAUUUCCAAGUUUAUAGUCACAUACAAUAAACUAGCCAGUUGCAUAUCUAUGAAAUAAAAAUUAACUGACUUGGAAAGGGGAAUAUAUUUAACUAAAAUGCUGCAUUCUUCUGGGAAGAUACUAUUAAUAAUUAUUUUUUCUGAAUUGUAAAGAUCGGGAAUUGAAAUUAAGGUCAUUUUCCAGUGGGAAAGUACAGCACUGUCCUAAAUAUAGCUGAGAUUAAUGUAUUUAAUUUUAAAACCAAAUGCUAGGACUAUACAGUUCAAUUUCAUUAAUACCCCAAACUCUGAUAUCUUGAAUAUACCAUUAAUAUUCAGAAGUGAUUAUUAUGAAGUCCAACCCACUUGUUCUUUAAAAAUUUAACCCUCGAAUCCUUGGAUAUCUUGAUUUUUUUCCCUCCAGUUGAGUUGAAAAAACUUUUUAGUUAAUGAGGUUUCAAUGCUUGCACAUGUGUUGAUCUGUCAAUAGGAGCAAAUGGAACAAAUGAUAAUGACUAGAUUUUCUGUGAUAUAUGUAUACAGUGCUGUUUUUAUAGGUUUCACAGAUAAAGGAUUUUUCAUGAUUACCUUAUAUAAACACAAUGAUUUUAAUGCAUUAUCAUUUUGUAUAUAAGUUAAAUAUAAAUUCAUAUUAAAAAUCAGGCUGAUAUUUUUUGCAAAAGAUAUUUCUUCUCUUAUUAUAAACAUUUCCAGUUAUUGAACAUAUUAAACUCUAACUUUAAACAAGAUAAAAUUAUAUUUUUCAUUUAAAAAAAGAUUGUACACACUGUGUUGUUACUCAUUAGUACAUUUAUCUAGAAUACUUGACAUUCAGAUUAUAUUGCACUUCGUUAUUUUCAUGUUAAACGUACAAGACUACUGUUUUAUACAAAUUGCACUUUAACCUGUACAUUUUGGAAUUGACCUGAUGAAGUAAUUCAGACUUUCCCAUCAUUUAUUAAAAUAAACUGGAAUAUGUAUUUAGCAAAUUUGAAGGAUUUGUUGUUUUGCACUUUACUGGUCUAAUGUUUAGUGCGUGUAGAACCGAGAUUUGGGUAUUUAAUGAUCAUUAUUAAACAUUUACCAUUUAUAUAUUUGGUUCAUUGGUUAAGAUUUUUUUCUACUUUGUUUACAAUGAUUUGUUAGCCAGAGAGAAUUAUGUUGUUAUUUACUUUAAUUAUUAUUGCUUUGUUAAUAAAGAAACACGUAUUUAGA